AGGAAGUAUAGGCUGUAGGUGAUACUUGUGUUCGAUAUAUUGCGGAAGACUUCGGCUGUCAAGUUUAAACAAACAUACUUGUUUUACUUUACCUGAGAAUGUAACUGUCUAAACAGAAACGUGAGUGCGCAAGUGGAGAGGAAAGAAAGGAGGAAGACUAUAUAGGAAGAAGAUUGAAGGAGAUUGAGGAGGAAAGGGUCUUCUCGGAGAUGGCAGAGUCUGUAUCCUCUGGUUACUCAUCAAUAAGGAGAGACAACUCUCAAAAUUACCCUACUACUUUAAAUGAAGUGGUUCAUCCAGAGAUAGCAGAGUCUAUUUCCUCUGGUGUUUUAUCAAUGAAAAGUGACAACUCAAUGGAGCAACCUAUUGAAUUCAAAGGACUAGGAGAGGUGCUCUGUGAUAUCUGCUCUGCGGUCCAAGCUGUGAAGUUCUGUCAAACCUGUUCUGUAUCCUACUGUGAGACCCACAUCAGAUGGCACUACACAGUACCUAAACUCCAGAGACAUAUACUGGUGGAGGUGUCUGAUGACCUGGAGGAGAAACUCUGUCAGGAGCAUCACAGACCUCUGGAGGUGUUCUGCAGGACGGAACAGAUGUUUAUCUGUAGUCUCUGUUCAGGCACAAAGCACAGAGGACAUGAUACAAUCCACGGUCAGAUGAAGACAUCAGAAAGACAGAGUAAGACUUUUGAAGGAAACAAACACCAAAUUCUGAACUCAGACUACGAGGUGGGUCCUCCUGAGAACAUCCAGGUCCAGUUGCUGACAUCUGACUCUGUGUCUCUGAGCUGGAGUUCUCCUCAGUGGGUUGAAGGACCACAGAAGUUCAGAGUGACCUGGGAAUGUGGUUGGGAGAAAAUCUCCUCAAGAGUGAAAGGAGGUCAUCAUCUUGAAAUCACCAGUCUGAAACCUGGUGAGAAGUACCUGUUCACCGUGGCCACAGAGGGAGAUGAUGGUCGACUAAGCAGAUGUAUUUCUGCAUCUUCAACCACAGUGGUCCCACCCAGAGAUGUAAAGGUUGAUAAUGUGGAAUACACCUCCUUCAGUCUCCACUGGACCAAGGGUGAAGGAAUGGAGACAAUCCCACAGCGUUUCCUCAUAUCCUACAGCAGCCCAGGAACCGACCCCCAUGCAGUGAAUACAGAGGGGUGUUACUGGACCUUCUCAAACCUGCAACCUGGCACAGAGUACACUGUUGAUGUUGUAACUAUCCUGACCAAUGGGGAAGAUAGUGAACCUGUUUCUAUUACCAUAUGCACAGAGGUCCCAGCACCAAGUGACUUGAGUAUAAAGGAGCUGAAAUCCACCUCAUUCACCAUAAGAUGGACCAAGGGUUCUGGACUGGACCAAACGCCUCAACACUUCCUCAUAUCCUACAGUAGACCAGGGAAAAAGCCCACAACAGAAUAUACUGAUGACUGUUACAGAACUCUCUCUGACCUGGAACCAGGGACUCAGUACACUGUCAGUGUCUCAACUGUUCUCACCAGUGGACAGGAGAGUGAUCCUGUCUCUACAAACAUCUACACUGCUGUUCCUCCUCCAGACCAUCUGACUGUUGACUCAGUGGGCACCACAUCAGCUACUGUCAACUGGAAACAUCCACCAGGAUUGGACCAAACCCAUCAUCAUUACCAGAUCUCCUACCACUGUCCAGGGACAGAACCUCACACCACUACCACAUCUACAACCUUCAUCUCUCUCUCUGAUCUGAGACCUGCUACUGAGUACUCUGUCACUGUCUGCACUGUGAUGGACAAUGGAAAGAAAAGUCAACUUGGGUCAACAACCCUCAAUACAAAAUAUCGUCUCAAGGAGCUGUUGUCAAAGGCUGGACUACAAGGUCAUUAUGAAGAAAACAAACUGACUUUAAGUUCUGUCCUGGAGAUCAAGGCAGAUACUACAUCAGAUGAGACACCAAACACUCUGCAGUCACUUCCAGGGGCUUUCCUGAAGAAGUUAAUGAUGGCAAAUGUAAAUGCCAGGAGUGUCAAAUGUAUGAGCACUGAUCAGGAGGUUCCUUAUUAUGGAAUAGACAACUUAGACACCGACCCUGAUAUCAGCAAUGUAAUGAAUCCACUAGAUCUCAUUACUGCUGUCUUUCUGUGUUCAGAUGGUUUCCUGCAGCAGGAGAUUGUCCAGAAAAUGUCCAUGUGUCAGUUUGCUGUUCCUCUCUUGCUGCCAAACUGUGAUACAGAACAAAGCACCUUGAUGCUCUGGGCCUUGAGGGACAUAGUGAAGAAGUAUAGACCCUCUUCACAAACCGACUCAAAGGCUUUUGUGGAGAAGAGAAUUGUAGUCUCUGAUAUUCCUAUGGUGUCCUUUGUGAGGCUAGGAGAGAGUAGCUUUUCUAAGUCUCAGAUCUUAAACAAGUUGCUUAGUAACCCUCAACAGUACCAUGACACCUUUGUUCAUCGUGAUAUGGAAUGUGGUGAUGUUCCUCGUAGAAUCUCAGAUGGCCUAGCAGAAAUCAGCUGGUACUUUCCAUGUGGGAACAGAAACAUAGACACAUUCACAGAGCCUGUGGCUGUGGCCAAUCUCAGAGGAGACAUCAGGUCCUUUGAAAAGCAGUUCUCUUUUCUGUGUCAAACAUCAGCUGCAGUUUACAUUUUCAGUGAUCAUUUAGAGGAUGAUUUCUUCACAGUCUUGAAAAGAAGCAAAACGCAUGCAGAGAUAUUCCUUGUAGUCAACUCUCAAGAAAGAACAUUCAAAGUGGAAACUUUGAAAAACAUUCUCACAAAAUCUGGUAUCCAUGAAAGAAAUGUGAUUGUUAAGAAGAAGCAGAAUGAUGCAGAAUUUGUCAAAGCCCUGCAGUCAUCUGUUGGUGACAUCUUAAGGAAACAUCCAAACAUAUUGAACAUUGAAAACAUGUCUAAAGAAGCACAUCAGAUAGGAAUUCUGAUUGAUGAAGACUGUGAAGAGUGUCAGAGAGCCAGCAAGAUGGCAGAAGCAAUCACUAGCAAAAUCACAGACACCAUGGAAUUCAAAGACAAACAGCUACCAUUUCAAGGUUCAAUCUGGAAUAAACUUUCCCAGUUGGAGAAAGAAAGAUGUAGGCUAAGAAAAAUAGGUGAUCAAAAAUCUGGAGACUAUAUAUCCUCUCUAAAGGAACAGGAAAAAAAGCUGAGAGAGAAGCAAAAUAGAUUGGACAUGUCAGAUGCAAUGGCACAAUUCAUUUCAGGAAUGUCAAUUUCAGGAGCUCAGAGAUCCUAUUUCCUCAAAUGGAUGAGGAUCAAUUUGGAUGAUCAGUCUAGACAGAACCUCUCUGAUUUGCGGGAACGAUAUAAAGAUCUUUGUCAAAAUUCUCCUGAAAAAACUGACAAAAUUAAACUUUUGGAUAAGCAAAUAUCUGAUAGUUCCUUGGGACUAGAACACUUCCUUCGUGAGUUGGGCCAGUUAUAUGAAUCUGCCCGCUCCCUCCCUGAAGACAGACCAGAACGACAACAGAUGGAGCAACUGCCUGGAUUGUGUGCUCAGAUGCUGUUGGAUGGUUUCCCUGUUGAGCUUGUGGAUGGAGAUGCAUCCAAUAUACCUCUGAAAUGGAUCUCAGCUGUACUAACUCAGCUUCAUAGUCUUGUUGACUCCAAAAGCAAGAUCCGUGUUGUCACAGUUUUAGGGGUCCAAAGCACUGGGAAGUCCACUCUCCUCAACACCAUGUUUGGGGUCCAGUUUGCAGUCAGCAGUGGAAGAUGUACCAGAGGGGCCUUCAUGCUAUUACUAAAAGUCAAUAAAGAUCUGAAGGAGGAGUUAAAAUGUGACUUCAUCAUGGUCAUUGACACAGAGGGCUUGAAAUCACCAGAGUUAGCUCAACUAGAUGACAGCUAUGAACAUGACAAUGAAUUGGCCACUCUAGUUAUAGGACUCAGUGAUGUCACGAUUAUUAAUAUCGCCAUGGAGAACUCAACAGAGAUGAAAGACAUUCUACAGAUUGUGGUUCAUGCCUUCAUCAGAAUGAAGGAAGUCGGGAAGAAGCCAAUUUGUCAUUUUGUUCACCAGAAUGUGUCAGACAUGUCUGCCCAUGACAACAACAUGAGAGACAGGAAGAAACUGUUGGAACAGUUGGAUGAAAUGACCAAGGCAGCAGCCAGAAUGGAGAAGAAUGAAAGUUACACCAGGUUCACUGAUGUGAUGGAUUAUGAUCCAGACACCAGCAGCAGCUACAUCCCAGGACUCUGGCAUGGAACUCCUCCUAUGGCUCCAGUCAACGCUGGAUACAGUGAGGCUGUGUAUGACUUCAAAAAGAGCGUCAUGCAAGAUUUUAUAAAAUGCCGGAGUAAUGACGACUUAACACAUUUCCUGAAGUGGACAGAAAGCUUGUGGGAGUCUGUGAAAUUUGAGAAAUUCAUAUUUAGUUUCAGAAACAGCUUGGUGGCAGAUGCAUACUCCAAGUUAUGUACUGAAUACAAUAGUUGGGAAUGGUCAUUCCAGAAGAAGAUGUACGAAUGGAUGGUAAAUGCUGAAACAAUCAUUUCCAAUCAUGGUAUGCUAGAUCAAAGUACCCAGAAGCCCAUAAGAGAAGUACUUAAUGAAUUGAUGACAGAAGUAUCUGAAAAGAUUGAUUUACAAGAAAAGAGAAUCCUAGAAAAUCUAGCAAACUACUUUAAUAUGCAGGAUGGCCAUGUCAAUCUUGUGGAAAAAUACAGGGAAGGCUUUGUGUCAAGUGCUAAAACUCUAAAACGAGAGACUGACAACACAAUUAGAAACUCUUUGAAUGCAGCUGUUGAAAUCAAAGAGGGAAUGGCCAAACUGGUCAACAUCAAGAGCGCACAAGCAAGUACAAUGGAGAAGAAGGUGCUGGCUUUGCUGCAAUCCUGUAGACAGAAAAAAACUGUUUUACACAAUCAGGACCUCGAAAAGGUGUUUGAAAGCAUGUGGAUGAACACCAUGUCUGAGAUAAGUUUCAGAGGAAUUGAAAAACAAGAUGUGGCUCAUGGUGCCUUCAGGAUUUUAUCCAGUAAUUUAUCUAUGAGGGGAGGUGUUGGCAAUAAAACAUUGGUUGUAAACAAUCUAAAAGAUUGUGGGGAAACCUCCUUUAUUGUGAAACCUGAUGGUUUCUUAAAGAAGAUUACUGGGGCUUGGAGUCACCGCGAUAUCAACUUUUACAGGAAACAACAGCAAGAGCUGUGCGACAACAUCAUAAAAUAGUGUCAGGACUCCAUAACCAAGAGGGUGGAAAGCAAAACAGAUCACCAUGACAAUUAUAUCAAGGAACUGCUUGAAAGCAUUGAUGAUACUUUGUUACAACACAAUAAACGUAAAGUUAGUGAGGAAUGUGAGGUUUCACUGAAGUUACACAUCUGUGGCAUUGCAGUCAGAGAGUUCCAGAAGAUGCAUGAUGAUUUCAUUACAGUCAAUGAUCCAAGGAAGUGUCUGGAAAAGUCUAAGAGCAAGUACCUUAAUAACUUCAUAGACUUGUUUCAUGAGCGAGAUCAAUGCCAAAAGAAAGCUGAGGAUUUCACCAAGCUGUGUUUACAACCAGCUGUUCUGGACUAUGUGACCAAAAGGAUUGGUCCUGAUGUGGUGGAUAAAAUGAAGACUGGUAAAGGGUCAGAGAAUUACAGUACACGGACGUCUUUUCAAUUCUACAUUUUGAAACAGCUCCUUGAAAAUGGAAAAUAUGACGAAUACAAAAUGUACAUAAAUCAUUAUGAAAGUUUUGUGAAGAUCUGGCUGUUUAACCAAAUUGUUGAAACACUCUCCAUUGACAACAGUCUGGAGAAAUUGGAGAAGAAACAUCUUACAUAUAUAGUUGAGGAAAUUACUGUUUCAAUCGAUAAUGUCACCAAAACUCCUGGCCUUGACAAUGAUGUCAAGAAGUUCAUUCAAAACUUAUGCGGUGUCCUUGGAAAGAAGCUGGUCCUCAAGGAUGCUUUGGAUUCUAUCUUGUUUCUUGAAAAUUAUAAGAACACAAAAGAGUUUGCUGAAUACCUCAUAUAUUGUGUGAAAGAAUUGGAGAAGUCCCUAGCACCAACAUAUGACCAAAGGACUGAAAUAAAGGGAAACCAGAUCAAAAAGAGACUCAGAUCUCUGCCAUUCAAUCCACAGGACAAUAUGUUUACUAAUCUCAUUGGCUGUGGCGAGCAAUGUCCUUUCUGUGGUGUUCCUUGUGAAGCAGGGGGGGUGGAGCAUGACAAACACCAUUCCAAAAUUCAUCGUCCAGAAGGCAUCACUGGGUGUAUGUUUGUGUCUUCAAAUAUUUUAACUACUGACAUAUGCUCCUCUUCUGUGAUAAGCAAUGCAGUGUUCAUUCAUGAGAAAACAGGACCUAAUGGUCACCCUUACAAAGACUAUCAGAAAUAUUACCCUGACUGGGUCAUAGCUGGAGACUCCAGCAUGGAAGCUUCAGAUUACUGGAAGUACGUGAUGAAAGAGUUUAAUGACAGUAUUGCUGAAGACGCAGGUGCAGUUCCUGCUGAUAUACCAAAGGAUUGGAAAGAAUUAAAAAAUGAGGAUGCAAUGAAGAGCCUGAAAAUGUCAUUCAACUUUAGUGAUUAGUGCACAUUAAGGCUAUAAAACUAGGGUCUAGUUAACAGCAUGCAUUAUCAUUGUCCAUGGAUGUAUCACAGAAUAAAAAUCGUAUGCACAAGUCAGUUCAUUAAAUAUUUAAUGCAAUUAGGAUAAAUGCAUCACCAAAAUGUUAUAACAAAAGAAAAUGUGUUCAUUAUAGCACAGUGGGGCCAGGAUGGACAUUAUGGGUCAUUGCAAUGUGAACAGUAGAGGUCAUUAAAAUAAUUUAACCAUGAAACAUGUAAUGCAGGGUAAAAUGAUCAAUAAGCCAACAUAUUUAUAAUACAACCAUACUAUUGGUCUUUCAAAUUA